AAAAACAAAAAAUGUUCAAAAUAAUAAAUUAUCUUAUAAUUUUUUUAAUAAUAGGAUUAAGUCAUGCACAAAAUAUUAAUUUAAAUAUUUUACAAAAUAUACAAAAUAAUCCGAAUUUAUUAUUUUUUACCGCAGUAACGAAUUUAGCGACAAAUCUUCCGGUUAUUGAAAAUACAGAUAUAGGUAAAGGAGCGAAAUAUACUAUUUUUGCACCAUCAGAUCAAGCAUUUGGAAAAAUAGGAAAAUUAAAUCCAGAAGCUAUUAAUAAUAUAUUAAGAUAUCAUAUUAUACCAAUUGAAGCGAAAUCAAGUGAUUUUAAUAAGAUUCAAUAUCAACCGACACUUAUCGGUUCUCCAGAAUUAGGAAUACCAAAUGCAAAACAAAAAUUAAUUAUUAAAAAUGAUAAUGGAGUUAUUACCGUUGGUAAUGGAAAUAUUAUGGGGAAAGUUGUUAACGCGGAUAAUCUCGCUAGUAACGGGGUUAUUCACAUCAUAGACUCAAUCAUCUUAUUACCAGAAAGUCCAAUGAAAGCAAUGAAUAAUAUAAACGACUUAAAUUAUUUUGGGCAAGUGAUUACCGGAGCAAAUCUUGCAAAUACAUUUGAAGACUUUGUAGGAGUAACAAUAUUUGCACCAUCAAAUGAUGCUAUGUUGCAAGCGCCAAAGGAAUUACUUUCUACCAGUAAUCUGACGCAACUUACAAGAUUUAUUAAUUAUCAUGUUGUACCAAGAGUAAUUUUUUCGGGAAUAAUAAUAGGACCUACUUAUAAUCAAGAAAGUAAAGAAGGGUCUACUCUUAAAAUUUCAAAUGAUGAGAAUGUAUUUUCUGUGAAUGACAUAAAAGUAAUUAAACCAGAUAUUUUAUUAAAUGAUGGAGUUCUACAUAUAAUAGAAAAAUAUGUUAUAGCACCCGGAAUUCCGAAUUAUACACAAACAUCAUCAAUUAAUCCACCAAGUUCAACGAUUUCAACGGAUCCAUCAAUUUCAACGAAUCCAUCAACUCCAAAAGUUUUAAGUAAUAGUAAUGAUGUUAUAAUCAUUUCAUCAGUAUUAGGAGGAAUAGUUGGUAUGGCUGCUAUCGGUAUCAUCUUAACAAUACUUUUUUGCAAAAAACAAAAAAGAAAAGCUAAAACCAAUAGCGUAACAUAUUCACAUUAUUCGGAAGCAGAAAGUCAUGCACCCACUAAUUUUACUCAAAGAAGUGAUGAUAUGAGUCCUCAUUCAUCUAAUCAUGAACCAAUGAAUAUUUUUGAUAGAAAUUAUCCUAGUACUAAUCAUGAACCAAUGAGUACUUUUGAUAAUCAAAAUAGUUAUCAUGAACCUAGAGAUAUUGUUGAUGCUCGUAAUAUGUAUAGUAAUGAAAGUAAUAUUGGUGGUAAAAUACCUUUAAGUAGUGUUUCUAGUGAAACUUCUUCCGUUUACGAAGAAAUUGGUGGUGCACCCGCAUCUUACAAUCCGAAUCCUUCAAAUACUAAUUCUGUUCACUCUUCUAAUUCUAAUCCCUCUAACUAUAAUCUUACUUAUACAUCAUCUAAUUCUUCUAAUCCCGCUUAUUCUUCUAGUCCUGCUCAUCAUUUUAACCCUGUUCAUUCUCCUUAUCCUGUUCAUACUCGCCCAUCUACAUCUUAUAAUAUAGAUAAUAGAAAUAAUAAUAAUACAAGGACUAAUGCUCGUAACAAUCGUAACAUGUCUUCAUCCAAUUAUUAUUCUCCCCAUGAUUUUCCAUAUAAUCGCUAAAAAAAAAAAUUCACUAUAUAUUAUAUGUAUUUAUAAUCGUGUAACAAAAAUAUUGUGGAAAUGCUAUAACAGAAUAUAUGUAAAUAAAUCAUUUUAAUAUUAUAUUUUAUUAUCGGCAUUAUUAUAUUAAUGAAUUUAUUGAUUAAACUGAUAAGGAACAACGGGAUAAUGUUAGAAAAGAAAGAUUUGUGAUUUCUAUAUUUGAAAUAGGAGUUCCGUAAUCUUAGAUAUUAAAAAUUAUCGCUAUAUAUAAUUAAUAAGGUUCGUUCUCUUUUUGAAAUAAAGUGGUCGUGUAAUGUUUAAAUUCUAGAAUUCUAUAUUUGAAAUAGAGUUCCGUAAUUUUAGAUAUUAAAUAUAAUUAAUAAGGUUCGUUCAAAUUUUAGUCUUCUUUUUG